AUGGAGGCGUACCCGUCGGGAUAUGUCCAGCACAAUCUGCCACUUGUGCUCCUCUCCGGACUCGGGCAACGAGGAGAUCAAAAUCAGCCAUCUUCCAAACGACAAGAAAGUGGUGCCCGAAUCUCGACCGAGUCGCCAGAAUGUCAGAGCGAGCGGGCGAAGCAACUUCUCGAGGAAUUUGUGGCCCUGGACGGAAGUCAAUCCGCGUGGAAUCCCACCGCACUACCUGGCCCGCCUAACAACAUACGAUGGAAGAUCAAGACCAUCGGGAGGUCGUACACGCUGCCGGCGCGGAAAGCAGCGCCGAGCGCGCAGACGGCAGGUGCAGACGGCAAGCCCGCCUCACGUUCCAGCGAGCUCCAUUCGCCGCUCUCGCCUCUGUCGCCAGGAUCACCACUUUUCCCGGAUGGACUUUUCACGCCUGCUUGGUUUUCCAAACACCAGGAUCUAGUCCCUGCGCUGUUUUUGUCCUUUUUCGAUCUUGAUGGAGAAGAUGCCUCGCGGGACGAGCAGCUGAAAGCAGAUAUCAACUCCACAAGAACGGCGCUCACUCGAUCAGGCUACAAAACUCGAUUUGCGGCAGUACUGCUGGGUCAGAAGAGUAUCUUGCAAGCUCCCGAGCAGGAAGAACGUCUAGCUGCCAUUAAGCGUGCUACGGGCUUACAAGUAUUCUUUAUGCCUCCGAUAUCUGCAAAAGCCGAGAUGGCUACUUUCGUGCAGGGAAUCAUGGCAACCCUUCAACCAUCUUGCAUCGAAUACUAUCGAGAACUCACAAAACAUGCACGGCGGAAGAAAGCAAGAGGUGCCCCUCCGCCGCAGUCCUCUCAACACGGUGGAGCAGCGCCGUCGGCUUCGGCUUGGAGUGUGCGAUACGAGUUGAAACAAGGUGUCUUUGAGGAGUUCACGCAAUCGAUGGUCGCGGCAGAACGGCACUAUGCCACGGCGAUUGAGGAGCUUUUCAGUUCGGAAGGAGGUGUCUUUGAGACUACUGCAAGCUGGUCGCCAAGGUGGGACGAGGCAAGGCUGUUGUGCGAUGCGCUUGCACUGCGAGUUGUACGCUGUCAACUAUGGCUCGGACAGACUACGGGCGCCGCUCAGUCUUGGAUCAACUACAAGUUUCGAAUGAAGGAUCUCAUCGAUCGUCGAGGCAAAGGGUCACUGACGUAUGGCUGGAGUGCAUGGGAAGGUCGAUGGGCAGAGAUCAUGGCGCAGAUCGUUCAACUCGCCGAUGUGCCGAGUCUGAAGGCAGCGAAAGAUGCCGAUGAAGGUACAGCCGUCCAAGUCUACGCAUUUCCGGAGAAGCCCUUGGCUCCGUCCGAUCGUCUGCCGCCCUUCAACCUCUUACAUCAUUCUGGAUACUGGCUCAGGUUACUCGCUAGCAGUGUCCGGACACGCUGGAAGAGGGCUCUCGCCAUGCCUGAAGACGAUCGGGUAUCGCCAGGCCAGUCGCCAGCCUCUAAAGUUGCCAAUCGAGUAGUGACUUACGACACAUAUCUUGUGCCGGACCCGCACGAGGAGUCUCCAUUGUCUGGCAUGGGCAUUUAUGAUCACGCUGUGGAGUUAGAGAAAGCGACUGUCCGAGCUGUGGAGGCAUUUGAGUCACGGCGACAGGUACGCAUGAGUGAGCAACUACGCCUCGCUCUGGCCGAGGAUCUUGUCCGCGUCGGGCGGCACUCGGAUGCUCUCCCGAUCCUGGUACAACUCUGGGAGCUAUCAACAUGGCGUGAGGAUGAGUGGCUGCGUCCGUUUGGCAAACUUGUACACCUGCUAUUCGACUGCAUUCAUCUUGAGAAGUCGAUCAAGUAUGCAAAUUUGGUGCCGGCACUACAUUGGGAGCUACUUGCGCUGCCCAACAACGAAACGGUGUCUGCGUCUCUUGGUCUGGCGUCUUGCCUCGACGAUUGGGCAGUGGAGGAAUCAAUUGUUCUGGAACCGAACGACAAGGAAAGGCUCAGUCCUGUUGCAGCGAGCUUCGUCUUCGAGGACUUACAAAGCCAUGUUGGGGAGCUCCUCAGAUGCCAGCUUACUCUGGCACGCAAUACAUCAACUACGACACCGAUUCCAUUGUCGAGAGUCGAGCUCAAGAUUGGCACAGCAAGAAGCAUAAAGAUUGAACACGAGACCAGUGACGGCAGUCAAGAAACACCGACAGUAUUGGCAAAAGUGUCCCAGCUCAAGGAGUCUACGGAUGGAGUAUUGGAAGGCUCAGCCGAUCUCGUUUUACACCCAGCUCAGAGGAAAACCUACGACAUUUCAUUCAUGCUACGAGAAGCCGAGACGCUCCGACUUACAGAGCUUACACUCGUUGUCGAAACAGACAAGUUUAGACUGUCACAUCGACUCGAAGACGACAGCAUCCAGCUCGCAUCUCAAUGGCAUGUCUUGAAGAAUAAACAACUGGACAGCAUGCUGGUACCACAUAUGGACACAAAGUCGAUAAACGUCCGACCCAAGCCUCCAAAGAUUCAAGUCCUGAUGCAUGGGAUUCGUAAGCAAUACUAUACAGACGAGAAGAUCCGGCUACCCAUCGAGCUUAUGAACGAUGAAGCUGAGGUCGCAAAUGGAACUAUCAGCGCUAUCGGCCUCGGACCGGCUGGAGAGGCUGUCGAGACGUCUUGGGGUUCUGACGAGAAGGGAGAUACCAUACGUCAGAUCUCAAGUCUGGCGUCGUCGGCAUCUGAUCAAAUCGAUCUGUUAAUCAAUGCACCUCCCGAAGCAAUGUCGUGCACGCUCACGCUCGAUUUGCAAUACACCCUGCAGUCCGGGCCGGAAAGUGUUCUUUCGAAGACUCUAACAGUCGAGGUCGACUUCAUCAAUCCAUUUGAAGCCAUCUUCACGUUUGCGCCGCGCCUAUAUCGCGAGCCUUGGCCGAGCUGCUUUGACUCGUCCACACUGGGUACCGCUGAGUCGCCAGAUGGUAUACCCCAACUCUGGAAUCUCGGCACCCAAAUUACGUCUCUGAUCGAGGACUCUCUGACCAUCAACAAACUCGAGCUGAAGGUACACGAUGUCCUCGGGGACAGCUCAUGUCACAUCACAGACCCCUCAAUCACGAAACAAACCUACCUCCCACCCCAAGACCGCAUCACCCCUUCCUUCGAACUCACAACCCAAAAAUUCUCCCUCGACGACCGCCGCGCAACAGCCCUCGACCUCUCCCUCAUGAUAACCUGGUCCCACCCCACCAAUCCCACCCCCGCAACAACCACCAUCGCCGUCCCACGCCUGUCCAUCCCUACCUCCGAACCCCGCGUGCUCUGCUCCGUCUCCGAUCACGAACCCACCCUCGGCGCCGUAACAGUCCAAUACCACCUCGAGAACCCCUCUACCCACUUCCUCACUUUCGCCCUGACAAUGGAAGCGAGCGAGGACUUCGCCUUUAGUGGACCGAAGUACCGCACGUUAAGUCUUGCGCCGUUGAGUCGGCAUCAAGCGGACUAUCGGCUUUUCUUGCAUAGGGAGAUUGAACAGGGUGAGGAUGGGAAGGGAGGGUUUUGGAUUCGACCGGUAUUGCAGGUGUUGGAUAGUUAUUAUCAGAAGAAUCUGAGGAUUCAGCCGGGUGGGGAGAGGGUGCGGUUGGAUGAGAAGAGGGAGGUGAUGGUUUGGGUUGGGGAGUCGGAGGUGCCGAAGUGA